UCGUAGCGGAAAAGGGGAUUCAUCGCGCAUCCGCCGCCAGCCGUUAUUCAGCGCUCAAGGAAUGUCGGCAUCGAGCGAAAACUUCACCCAACAGUUUGUCCAGUGAGCUCGCGCUGUAAGGUUUCGUGUAUUCAGUUCAAGUGGAACACCUAGUAAAAAUCAAAAAUGCCAUUCAAGAGUAUUAAAGCCCGUCAGAUUUUCGACUCGCGCGGUAACCCGACUGUCGAGGUUGAUUUGGUUACCGAUUUGGGUCUAUUCCGGGCGGCCGUACCGUCGGGCGCUUCAACGGGCGUACACGAGGCGUUGGAGUUGCGUGACAACGUCAAGGGUGACUGGCAUGGCAAGGGUGUUCUGAAAGCAGUGGAUAACAUCAACAAGAUCAUUGCGCCGGCUGUGCUGAAGUCGGGCCUGUGCGUUACUCAACAGAAAGAGCUCGAUGAACUGAUGCUGCAUUUAGAUGGAACCGAGAACAAGUCCAAACUGGGCGCAAACGCUAUCCUUGGCGUUUCGUUAGCCAUCUGCAAGGCCGGUGCUGCGAAAAAGGGCAUUCCACUGUACAAACAUAUUGCUGAGCUUUCUGGCAAUGGAAACAUCAUUCUUCCGGUGCCGGCUUUCAACGUUAUAAACGGAGGUAGCCACGCCGGUAAUAAACUGGCUAUGCAGGAGUUCAUGAUUCUACCGACUGGAGCAUCGUCUUUCACUGAAGCUAUGAAAAUCGGCACCGAGGUGUACCAUCACUUGAAGAGUGUUAUUAAGGCUAAGUUCGGUCUGGAUGCCACCGCUGUUGGUGAUGAGGGUGGUUUUGCUCCCAAUAUCCUGGAGAAUAAAGAAGCUUUGAACCUGAUUCAGGAUGCUAUUGCGAAGGCUGGUUACACUGGAAAGGUCGAAAUCGGAAUGGAUGUAGCUGCUUCGGAAUUUCACAAGGAUGGAAAGUACGAUCUGGACUUCAAGAACCCCAAUUCGAACAAGAACGAUUGGCUGUCCCCAGAUUCUUUGGAGGAAAUGUACCAAGGCUUUAUUAAAGGUUUUCCGAUCGUCAGCAUUGAAGAUCCCUUUGACCAGGACCACUGGGAUGCCUGGGCAAAGAUCACUGCUAACACAAGUAUUCAAAUUGUCGGUGACGAUUUGACAGUAACUAAUCCAAAGCGUAUUGCUACUGCUGUCGAGAAAAAAGCUUGCAACUGCUUGUUGUUGAAAGUCAACCAAAUUGGUUCUGUGACCGAAUCUAUUAAUGCCCACUUGCUGGCCAAGAAAAACGGUUGGGGUACCAUGGUAUCGCAUCGUUCGGGUGAGACUGAGGACACCUUUAUUGCCGAUUUAGUCGUUGGCCUGAGCACUGGGCAAAUCAAGACUGGCGCUCCAUGCCGAUCGGAACGUCUCGCCAAGUAUAACCAGAUUCUGCGCAUUGAAGAGGAACUUGGUGCUGACGCCAAGUUUGCCGGCAAGAAUUUCCGCCACCCACAGUAAAUUAUACUAAGCUUAGAAUAUACCAUUCGUGCGCGUAGUUUGUAUUGUCUGUCACUCUCUAAAACUCAUCAAAUGAGAUCAACCAAAAUCUGCCACACAAAAUAAGAUCUAAAAUGUAUCGAUUUGUAGUGUGUGUAUUAAUUAAUGCCUGUUUGGCUUCAAAAGGGGUCAAUUGGCUUUGUAUGAUUUAUAAAAUUUCAAUCCAAAUACCUCCCUGACAAUGAAUAUCUUCGAAACCUGUACAAGCAUACUAUCAGGAGGAUUUUUAUCAACAUUUAAAACACUGUUAAUGUUAAAAUAAAUAAAACAAUACUGAAGUAAAAGUAAGAAUGAAGUACAUGAUUAUUGAUAAUAAAUACACGAUGAACACUACAA